CACAUUCUUGAAAACAACUCUAUUCACCCCCCCUCUAGAUUUGCACAUUUGUCUAACAAUUGGUAUCGGAGCAGGAAGUUCUUCGAAUACGUUAUUUUUCAGGAGCUAAAAGAUCAAAUGGCAUCAAGGAUGUUCAACGCAGGAGUGACCGAGGGACAAUCAACCACGAGGCCACCUUUGUUCGAUGGAACAAACUACUCAUAUUGGAAGGAGAGGAUGAGAAUUUUUAUCCAAUCCAACGACUACAAGCUGUGGUUGAUUGUGAAGAACGGCUGCGGAGUCCCGAUGAAGAAAGUCAGUGAGGUCAACGUUCCCAAAACCGAAGAGGAGUUCACCGACGAAGAUUGCAAAAAGAUGGAGCUCAACGCAAAGGCAAUAAACAUGAUUUAUUGCGGUGUUAAUGCGGAUGACUACCGCAAAAUUUCGCGGUGUGAAACCGCAAAACAAAUGUGGGAGAAAUUGGAGGUCACCUACGAAGGAACGGCGCAGGUUCGGGAGGCCAAAAUCGACCAUCUUACUCACGAGUACGAACUCUUAUCAAUGAAGGAAAACGAGAAGAUUGAGGAAAUGUUUGAGAGGUUCUCUAACAUCAUUAAUCCUCUCAAUCUUCUCGGGAAGACCUACACCGACCGAGAGCUCGUGAGAAAGGUGCUGCGAAGCGUAUCCCCCAAAUGGCGUUCAAAGGUGGACGCAAUCGAAGAAGGUCGUGACUUCCAAACAACGACCUAUGAUGCUCUUCGAGGAGGUUGGAACCCCCAUUUUCUUCCUUCUCUCUAAUCCGAAAUUCUCCUCCUCCAUCACUAAUAUCUCACCACUUUCUUCAUCCAAACACAUAAAAAUUACUCCAUCUUCAUCAUCAUUUAUCAUAUUUGGAGCUCAAGAACACAUCUUCCAUUUUGUAAGAUUUUUAUUAUUGUAAUAAAUAUUUAUUUGUUUA